UGCAGGUCAGACUACACGCGCAGUAAUAACGUAAUGUCAAUGAGUGACGCGCUUCAAUCUUUUUGCGCCCCCAACGCUCAGUUCAGCUCAAACUGGGCACCACAUUAGCCUGAAAUUCAAUAGACAAUCUCUGCUCCUUGUUUUGCAGCUACAUUUAUUUCAAAUAAAAUGGCAGUUGAAGGAACGACUGAGCCUCCUGAAUUGGUCACCACUCAUGGAGCAGUGGAGUGGCUAUACACUUGAGAGGACACAUGGAGAACCCCGCAAACUACCUCUCAGCUUACGACCACUCCGUCCGGUUACCUCUUGCGGAGAUUAUGUGGAACUCUACAGAAUCAGAGGCAACGUCCGACCGUGGAAAGGAAUUGGUAAUCCGAACCCUGACGGGCUGUUUGCUGUCUCUGCUCAUCCUAUGGACACUUCUGGGGAACAUUAUGGUGUGCUCUGCCGUACUCCGUAUUCGCCAUUUAAGAAGUAAAGUGACCAACAUUUUCAUCGUGUCUUUGGCUGUUUCGGAUUUAUUUGUGGCAAUUCUGGUGAUGCCAUGGAAAGCUGUCGCCGAGGUGGCGGGGUAUUGGCCAUUUGGUACCUUUUGCAAUUACUGGGUGGCAUUUGACAUCAUGUGCUCAACUGCGUCUAUCCUCAACCUCUGCAUUAUCAGCGUGGAUAGAUAUUGGGCAAUAUCAAGUCCGUUUCGGUAUGAAAGAAAAAUGACACAGCGAGUUGCCUUCGUUAUGAUAAGCGUCACGUGGACGUUAUCUGUACUAAUUUCAUUCAUACCAGUCCAGCUGAACUGGCACAAAGCCAGCGAAGACGAAAUAGUUGGAGCGAAUAACAUGUCUUUGGUUGAAGUAGAGGAAAUGUGUGACUCUAGCCUCAAUAGAGAAUACGCCAUAUCUUCAUCUUUAAUUAGUUUCUACAUACCCGUAGCAAUAAUGAUUGUGACUUAUACGAGAAUCUAUCGGAUUGCUCAGAUCCAAAUUAGGAGGAUAGCAUCCCUAGAGCGCGCAGCAGAGCACGCGACAAGUUGCAGGACCAACAGACUAGAGUGCCAACACACCAAUACAUUGAAAACAUCUAUUAAAAGGGAAACCAAAGUUUUAAAAACCUUAUCAAUUAUUAUGGGUGUAUUUGUGUGCUGUUGGUUACCUUUCUUUAUUUUAAACUGCAUAGUUCCUUUCUGUGACAAACCUCCGACUGACAAAGACGCAGGUCUCCCGUGCGUAAGCGAAACAACUUUUGAUGUCUUUGUGUGGUUCGGCUGGACUAAUUCAUCAAUGAAUCCUAUUAUUUACGCAUUUAACGCAGAGUUCAGAAAAGCAUUUGCAAGUCUGCUGGGUUGUCGUCAUUUCUGCUCCAGGACACCAGUUGAAACUGUGAAUAUUAGCAACGAGCUCGUCUCCUACAACCAGGACACGCUUGUCCACAAAGAAAUCGUUAACGCCUACGUCAACAUGAUCCCCAACGUAGUGGAAUGCAUUGGGCACGAGGACACGUUUGACAGGAUCUCACAGUUAUCUCACAACAACGAAAAGGCUACGGACUCCGUUUGUGAUUUGGACGACUGUGAGGCAGAUAUCAGCCUGGGCAGGAUGACACCCUUCACCCCGAAUGGUUUACAUUGAAUCCACUAUUAUAUCACCUUGUGCGUAAAAGGAUGUAUUGCUUAAAUCAGAUAUUGAAAUGUGGUGUUUUUGUCCCUUGCUGAAAAGUGACGUAGUGUCUUAUUAAGAGAAGUCUAUGUUUAUGUAUUUGUUCCGAUUUUGUAUAGCUUCUAAGCUGUAUGUAUUCGGAGCAGCAAUGUACUGAAACUAAUUGCAUCUAUUGACGCGUUGGGUUCCAUUUCAUUUCCAUUUGGGUGCUGUAAGGUAGGCUACGCAAGAUUGGCUAAUGCUUAUCAUUAUCACGUUCACUGUCGGUGUGACAGACCGUGGCACUGGAAGUGUUACCGCGCACGUUCAUAACAUGCAGUCGUUUAAAAGGCCUUAUUUAUUCCACGAAAGAGUGCAAUUUCGUUCCGAAACAUGGAGAAUGUUACAUGAUUUGAAUACGUUUAGUUUACAUUUAAAGCGCUUUGUUAUUCUUUCGCUCUCUUUUAGAUGUUCUAUGAAGUCCAUCUCACCCACACAAAAUCUCUGCUCUGCACAUAAGCAGAAGUAGCUGCGGCGCACAUGUGUGCGCGCGCCAUAGAGAAGUAGUGAGGACGCACUCCUAUACAUUCCCCAUCAUUGGGUUUGUGAGGGAAUGGCCAUUGCCACUGAAGGCAUAUGCUAUUUUAAUGUAGUCAAGUGGGUGCUAUUUCCAACUUUAUCCUUCCCGAUGACAUGAUUCCGUACUUCGGUCAUCCAGGAUUAGCCAAUUAUGUUGACAUUCCUGUUCAAAUGGGGGCUGUAGUCAUACGUGUAGUCAGCCCUCGCCCGUACACCCUCAGCCCUUGAACGACGUUUUACAUCAUCACAUCCGAGUGUAGGCUACUUGCGAAUGCACUUGCCCUAGCAAGCAAAGAAAAAAAUAUUAUUGUUGAUAACAUUUGACACUUCACACCCACCGGCGAUUUGACUACAGCUUGAAUUGAAUCGUGGGUGAUAUCAACCUUGCAAAUGAAAAAAAAAAGUUGACUUGUCCCCUCAAGCUAAACGAAGCACAGGGGGGAAGCUCUUGUGAAUUGGACCGGCACUUGACACGGCAGUCAAACUACAUCCGGUUUCGAUGAAGAUUCCCCUGAGGAAAAGCGGCUAGGUUGAAGGCUUAGGGUGAAAAAAUGAUGUGAACCGACUGCAGUCCGGUUAGUCUGGAAGGAUGACGUCGAAAGACCCUCCCACUUUACUACGUUAAACUGAACUGCGUCUGGGCCACUAACGGCCUCCAUCCCCCUGGCCCACGUUCGACAGAGCGUUAUCAACUGAAUUAAUCAGAUUCAGAAGAAGACAAACAUUGAAACUCAUUCCACAGCCAAUUGUCUACAGGUUUAACUAUCAUCUUUUAUAUUACAUAUUAAGAAUAGACAUUUUAGCAUCAUUUCUAAUCCCCCUGUAUCAGUUUUAAUAACCCCUCCCUCAGCAUGUAUGUCCAUCCAUAUACUUUAUUGAUGAUUUAACACCACUAAUUAGUGAAGUAAUUACUUAAACAGGUUUUAUAGGUUUGAACCUACACUGAAAGGAAAAAUCAAAAAGCAGGCGCUUUCAGUUUGCUUUAACGUUCAAAACAUUCCUGAACGGUUUGUGCUGAAGGACACCUUCCCGUCAAAAAUUUUACUGUUUGACUUUGAACAGACUGAGAUAUGUUUGCUCCUGUUUGUUUAGUGUGACGAGGUGUACGCUGUAUUGAUAAAUUACAUGGCAGUGGCCAGGUUGACAUUGUAACCUGACCAAUGAUAUAUACAUACCCCAGAUGACUAAUGCUGUGUACAGGCUAUUGACCGGCCUUGGCGGGAAAGACAUUGGGGAUGAACACUGUGAUUUGGACUACAGCCCCCAUCAGUCAUCUGGGGAUAAUAUAGGCUACAUAACUGAACCAAACUCCUUCACUGUUUAACUGGUCCUUCUGUACUGCACCACUUCCAUUCAAAGGAACCGUUUCAGAGUGUACCAGUGAACUGAACGCAGCCCAGCAGACACUGCCCUCCAUGGAAUGGGCUCCUUAAACAAAUCCCCACAACAUUUGAGGAAACGGCCCAGACAUCUGUUAUGAUAUAUGCCCCAUCUGACUUUUCCCAUAACAAUCACACGCAAAUCCGAAGUAAAUCCGUAACAACUGAAAACCUUUGACUCUUUAUGGUGACUGCCUGCUAUUCCUGGAGCUGUAAUUAAUGAUGUUCCAUUCUGCCUCUCAUAAGUUGUUUACACCUUACAUUAAAAUGUGUCCAAUCUGCCCAGUGUGUCCACACAGUGACCAGAUUUCUUUCAUCCCUAUAGGGUGUUCUGUCAAAACAAUAUCAAUCUAUUUAUUUUAAGACAGUGACUUACCCCUUAAAUCUGUGGCGCUACCUGUCCAUGAUUUUAGAGGCCAAUGUAAUGAUGGAUAUCUGGUUUCACUGUUGAUGUGCGUCUACACUCGUAAGAUAUCUGGACAAAAUGCAUCCCUAACUACCUCUGGAGGUGGUCAGGAUGAUCAUGAUGACCCUAAAGUGUAUACUUGUCUAGCUAUGUAGACAAACUCAAUCUGGACAAGAUCAGGACAAAGAAAGCAUGUUAGAACCAGGGAUAAACUGGGUACUAUGUGAUCUUCUCCAUCUCCAUUUGCUGCUAUGUGCAAAUGUAACCGUUCUCCGUUCUCUACUGUAAAGGAUUCAACUUGAACACUAUCCAUGACCGCUAACUAGCUCUAUGACUCUCCCUCUCCCUCAUUCCCAGUUGAUGAGCUUGUUAAGAUCACAUGUGUAAACAAAUCAAUAACCAAUUAAUGUGCAACACUUAAUAAAAAUCUUGACGCCAAACUCUACAGUGGUCAGUUAGAGGCCAAGGUCUGUUAGAUGUACAUUUCACAUCAGCUACUGUCCAUCUUUUGAGAAUGUACAGAUGACAAUAUUAUUGAAUGUAAACUGUAGUGUGUCACCAUUUUGUAAUAAAAUGCUGCCUGGCAGA